AUGCCCUUUCGGUUACCACCGGUGCGGACAAAAAGCAUCUUGGCUGGUUUGGCGAUCCUGCCGGCAGCUGCGAUCUCUUGGAUGAUAGACCCCACGACGAGCGACACGCAUACGUACACGCAGCCCAAUGAGGAGAUCUACCGCAAACGACCAGUCGUGGCGUUCUGUCAUCUUGGAAUCCAGCUGCCAACUGCAACCCUCAACACCACCCUCCUCUUCCGAAAGGAGAAAAGGCCUCCUGCAACAUCAACCCAUGUUGCCCUUUUGAUCUCAUAUCGGCGACCGUCACGUCCCCGGGUGCAGUUGGAACCCUGCCUUCUUCUCAAAGCGGUCAACUGA